CGUCACCGCAGGGCGGGUCAAGCAUUCCUGGUGUCUCUACUUUUGUCUCGACGUGGAGGAGGCAGGCAGCAAACUGGACGCUGUCUGGAAAUUCAGGAGCCCCAAACGUCACGUGUUUCUGACUGACCACAUCAGGUCAAUCACAGAAAAUGGCUGGAAAGAUAACAAAAGAAGAAGAGGAGGAGCUGAGGGAGAUCUUUGGGAAAAUUGACCUGGACGGCAAUGGUUCCAUCUGUGAUUAUGAACUGAGUGAGCUCCUUAAGGAUGCUGGCCAUGCCCUGCCUGGAUACAUGGUCCGUGAAAUCCUCCAGAAACUGGAUCGCAACCAGGACAAUAAGAUCAGCUUCGAUGAGUUUUUGGCGAUUGUCAAGGAGCUGAAGGGCAGUCAGAUAGCAAAGACCUUCCGCAAGGCCAUCAACAGAAAAGAGGGCAUCCUGGCAAUUGGAGGGACGUCCGAGCUUUCAAGUGAAGGCACACAACACUCGUUCUCCGAGGAGGAGCGAUACGCUUUUGUGAACUGGAUCAACAGUGCUCUGGAAAAAGAUCCUGACUGUCAGCAUGUCCUGCCCAUGGAUCCCAACACAGACUCCCUCUUCACGUCUGUGGGAGACGGAAUAGUGCUCUGCAAAAUGAUCAACCUGUCCGUGCCAGACACCAUUGAUGAGAGGACCAUUAAUAAGAAGAAGCUGACACCAUUUACAAUACAGGAGAAUCUGAACCUGGCUCUGAACUCUGCGUCUGCCAUUGGUUGCCAUGUGGUAAACAUCGGUGCCUUAGACCUGAAAGAAGGGAAACCACAUCUGGUGCUGGGCCUGCUCUGGCAGAUCAUCAAGAUCGGCCUGUUUGCUGACAUUGAGCUCAGCAGAAAUGAAGCCCUGGCGGCAUUGCUGAGAGACGGGGAAACUCUGGAGGACUUGAUGAAGCUGUCGCCAGAAGAGCUGCUGUUGCGCUGGGCAAACUACCACCUGGAAAGUGCUGGCUGGCAGAAGAUAAACAACCUGAGCUCAGACAUCAAGGAUUCAAGGGCCUACUUCCACCUUUUAAAUCAAAUAUCUCCGAAAGGCGCAGAGGAGGAUCAGCCACGCAUCGACAUCAACAUGGCAGGCUUCAGUGAGAAAGACGACCUGAAGAGGGCAGAAGCCAUGCUGGUGCAGGCCGACAGGCUCGGCUGUCGACAGUUCGUCACCCCAGCCGACGUCGUCAGUGGGAACCCCAAACUCAACCUUGCUUUUGUGGCCAAUCUGUUCAACAAAUAUCCAUCACUGACCAAACCUGAGAACGAGGACAUCGACUGGGGACUGUUGGAGGGUGAGACGAGAGAAGAGAGGACAUUUAGAAACUGGAUGAACUCCCUUGGAGUGAACCCCCAUGUGAAUCAUCUGUACGCAGACCUACAGGACGCCCUGGUGAUCCUGCAACUGUACGAGAAGAUUAAAGUGCCUGUUGACUGGAACAACAAGGUCAACAAACCUCCAUAUCCCAAACUGGGAACCAACAUGAAAAAGUUGGAGAAUUGUAACUAUGCAGUGGAACUGGGCAAAUCAGCCAAGUUCUCCCUCGUUGGCAUCGGUGGGCAGGACCUGAACGAUGGCAACGCUACCCUGACUCUGGCACUGGUGUGGCAGCUGAUGAGAAGAUACACGUUGAAUGUACUGGAGGACCUGGGCGACGGACAGAAAGUAAAUGAUGAAAUCAUUGUAAACUGGGUGAACAAAACUUUGGCAGAGGCUGGAAAAUCAACCAAGAUUUCAAGUUUUAAGGACAAGGAGAUCAGCAGCAGUCUGGCAGUACUGGAACUGAUAGACGCCAUCCAGCCCGGCAGCAUCAACUACGAGCUGAUAAAAACCGGCAGCCUCUCUGAAGACGACAAGCAUGAGAAUGCAAAAUAUGCCAUCUCUAUGGCGAGGAAGAUCGGCACCCGUGUCUACGCUCUACCGGAUGAUCUCGUGGAGGUCAAGCCCAAAAUGGUGAUGACGGUCUUUGCCUGCUUGAUGGGCCGAGGGAUGAAGCGCGCCUAAACAGCUGGCUGAGGCUCAUUGUGACUGUCACCCCUACCAACCAGCCUUUAGCAUUUUGUAUGAGCUGCCCCAACUGAAGGAAUUUUUCUUUUUUUUUCUUCUUUUUUUUUUUUGGUUUUGAUCGAGUCAAAAUGGUCCUCCUCUUUAAGGUGAGGCGUCAACACUUACAUCUCUAAAGAGAUGGCUCUCGUCAACCUGUUACUCAGUAUGCAGAACUCUUUAUGUAUAAGAAUGCUGUUUUUUAAAGCAAGUAUGCAUAUUUCCAGCUGCAAGUUAGUUUACAUAUUUUUACUCAGACUGAUACGUAAAUUAUCGCCUUGACGAAGCAACAUACAUUCCUGAAUACUUAUGAAUAUACGCUUGAGAAGGCCAAAAAUGAGAAAGAUGAGGCUGGAUGUUUCAGUGGAGCACGUGUCCAAAAAAAGAAAAGCCUAAACAUCGCCUCUCACUUAAGGAAGUACAAGCAAGUCUUAGUAACAGGCAUCAUGGACACCUACACAUCUGUAUACAGAAGCCAUAAGGUCAAAUUAUAAUGAAGACCAGUCUGAUGUGCUGAUUGUAUUCUUUUACUCGUCUUGUUUGUUUCUUGGGAUUAUGAUGCUAUGUGCUGUAAAUGCUGUUUUUUGGGACGGGGGGUUGUCUGGUCUAUGUAGUAUUGGGCGUCUUAUCUUGUUGGGGUUCCUCACAUUGAAUUUUGAGCAGGCUAACUAGGCUCUCCUGGCUUCUGCUGUGCCUUCUGCUCUCAAGGACAAGUUAUACUUAUGCUUUGAGGUUUUUCCUCUUUCUUUCGUAUUCAUCAUUACCAAAUAUAAACAAUAAGUUCAUUCCAGGUAGCUCCAUGAUAUUCUACGACAGUGGCCAAAUUGUAUUUGGUCUUUUGUUGAUGUCUACUCCUAAGUGCUUCUCAUGUAACAAUAAACAUGACUUUAAACUGCUAA